CUCAAGUAUAUGUCUUAGGACAGCACUUGGCUCUGUCUCUUUCAACCCUGUGCUUGGUCUGCAAAGACAGCCAUGUCUCACCGUAAAUUCCAUGCCCCACGCCAUGGGCACAUGGGCUUCCUGCCCCACAAGCGGAGUAGGAGGCAUCGUGGAAGGGUGCGCACUUGGCCCAAAGACGAUCCUAAACAGCCUGUCCACCUCACAGCGUUCCUGGGCUACAAAGCCGGCAUGACCCACACGCUGAGGGAGGUGCAGCGCUCCGGCACGAAGAUUGCAAAGCGAGAAGAAGUAGAGGCUGUGACCAUUAUUGAGACUCCUCCUGUGGUUGUGGUGGGACUUGUAGGAUACAUCAGCACUGUAAAGGGUCUGCGUUCUUUUAAGACCAUCUUUGCAGAGCAUAUUAGUGAUGAGUGCAAGCGCCGAUUCUACAAAAACUGGUAUAAGAGCAAAAAAAAAGCGUUCACCAAAUAUAGCAAGAAAUGGCAGGAUGAAGCAGGCAAAAAGCAGCUGGAGAAGGAUUUCGCCAUGAUGAAGAAAUACUGCUCUGUGGUUAGGGUCAUUGUCCAUUCUCAGAUGCGCUUGCUUCCACUGAGACAGAAGAAGGCCCAUAUCAUGGAGGUGCAGCUGAACGGAGGCACUAUAGCGGAGAAGGUGGACUGGGCGAGAGAGAAGCUAGAGCAGCCGGUGUCUGUAUCUAAUGUCUUCUGCCAGAAUGAAACGAUCGAUGUGAUCGGUGUCACCAAGGGCCAUGGUGUAAAGGGUGUGACAAGUCGCUGGCGCACUAAAAAGCUUCCCAGAAAAACCCAUAAAGGUCUCAGGAAGGUGGCAUGCAUUGGAGCGUGGCAUCCGGCACGUGUGAGCUUCACCAUUGCCCGUGCGGGUCAGAAGGGCUACCACCACCGCACAGAGCUAAAUAAAAAAAUUUACCGUAUUGGAAAAGGCGUUCAUAUCCAAGAUGGCAAAGUGGUGUGCAGCAAUGCUUCCACUAGUUAUGACACAACACUGAAGAGCAUCACUCCACUGGGAGGCUUUCCUCAUUAUGGAGACGUGAACAAUGACUUUUUGAUGGUGAAAGGUUGUGUGGUUGGCAUAAAGAAACGAGUGCUUACUCUCAGAAAGUCCCUGAUUGUGCACACCUCCCGCAAGGCCAAGGAACCUAUUGACCUCAAGUUUAUCGACACCACUUCCAAGUUUGGUCAUGGCCGCUUCCAGACAGCUCAGGAGAAGUUUGCCUUCAUGGGUCCUCAAAAGAAACACCUGCUGAAGAAAGUAUCUGAGCCUGUUGAGGAGACUCUCUGAUGUUUUGUCUGUUACCUUGAAUAAU